ACUGGGUAGACAUGUGCUGAAUGUUUGUGGCCAAAGUACCUACUUUCUUUAUUUUUAAAGUAAGUGGAAGAGAGUUAUCUGAAUUAAAGGAAUGGUCUGCAUGAUAUGCUGCACAGAUGAAGGGUCAGAAGGAAAAUUUGGGAGGUGGUGUGUAACUGCUCACUAGAUGCAUUCUUCUGCAUGUGUACACUUGGUGUUUUUCUUCUUCGUCUUAAAUGGUGAUUUACCGUUGGGCUCUUAAACCAUGCUAAAAAGAAACCUUAUCUUUGAAAUGCAUUUACUGAAAAUACCUGUGUGAUUUAGAGGGGUCGCUGAUGUCUGCUCAGUCUACCAUCUUCAUUUAGAGGAUGCUGUUUCAAAGCACACAAGGAAUUAAAGGAGUAGAUUUCCCCUUUUUGGUAAGGUGGACAGUGGAGGUUUUAUUGUGGAGACCAGGUGAGGUGGAGGUGGCCACUCAGAUACUGCUGAACUAAAAGGUGAGACAAAUCAGUCGACUGGGAGCAUCACACCACUUGAUAUUAACCUUUGUAAUUUGGUUUUAGGAUGACUGAUGCAAAAUGACCUUGUAUUAUAAGAUGAAAAUAAACAAACAUAUUGGGCUGGGUAUAAAUGUGUCAGCAAGGAGAAUAAAAGUUCACCUUGAUUGGAGACAUCAGUGAGAGGUGGAUUGAGUACUGUAAGGAACUCUUAAUCCUUCUGGGUAUAUACUAGUGCCAGAAGCUUUGACUUUGGUGGACUUCAUCUCUGUGCGGACAUCACUGCAGUGAAUAAAAAGCUCCAUAAUGACAUGGCCGCAGCAAGUGGAUGAAGUCUGACCAGAAAUGCUGAAAUCGCUGAAUAAUAUGGGGGUGGUUGGGCUUACAUGCUUACUAAAUAUUGUGUGGAAGAUUUAGACUGUGCCUUUGGACUUGCAGGCUGGGUGGGUGGUUCCCCAUUUUGAAAAGACCUUGCAAUGCCUAUACAGGGGUACUGGAAUGGAGAUUAUGUAUGAUAGAUGAAUGUCAGAUUGAGGAGGAGUGAUGUGGACUCUGUCCUGAUGGUGGAACAGUGGUCUACCUAUUUGUUUGAUACUUCAGUGGUCAUGGGAAUUUGCCAAUACUGUCUACAAGUGCUUAUGACUGUGUAUCCCAUACUAUCUUGAAGGAGGUGUUUUAAGAGUCAAUGCUAUACUGUAUGCCCUUAGGCCAGUGCAUUGGCAUAGCAAGAAACGUGUUUGUAUAUUUUCAGAGACUGUUCAAAGGGUAUGUGUUGUCUUCUCUCUGCUUUGUGACCAAUAUGAUAAUUAAGGUGCAGUCAAGAUUUGGAGAGUAUCCAGUACGUGGACCCAAGGAUUGAAUCUCAGCUGUUUGCUCAUGAUGUUGUCCUCUCAGCCUCAUCAGACCGCGAUCCCUGAUGCACAUGGGAACAGCUGACAACUAAGUGUAAUGCAGUUGGGAUGACAAGUAUCACCUCCAAAUCUGGGGUCGUGGUCCUGUACUGGAAAAGAAUGCCUUGUUCCCUACAGGUAAUUUUGAGCAGCAGCCCUAAAUGGAGGAGGUCAAGAGUGUGGGGAUGAACUUGAUCAAAAGAUUGACCAGUGAAUCGGUGCAGCUACAGGAAUGAGUUGGGUUAGCUUGUGCUUGUAGUUACAGUGGCUCCCCUUGGGAGGUUAUAAUUUAUAUUAUAACAUGUAUGAAUUCAGGUCAUUCUUAUCAUGACAGUUUCUGGAGGCAUGUGGCCUAGUAGUAAAGGCAGUGGGCUGUGGAACUUCAAAUUCAGUUCUGGCCAGUGACUCGCUUUGCAACACUGAACAUGUAGUUUUCCCAGAUUGUGGUGCUGUUGUAAAAGUAAAUUAGGCAAAAUUUGUAGUAGCCUUCUACUUCUAAAAUGUCUAGAAAGGAGAUAUAAAAAUAAAGAACAUUUGUUUAGACUUUUUAUAGGCACUGUAAUGAUAAAGGUCAAGAAUGCAGUCCAGAGCAAGCUUGCCAACGUUGUGAUUUUUGCCUUUUUAUUUAUUAAAUAUCCAGUUGCACACCUUGAUUCUUUUCAGGAAUAUUCCUAGCAGGAGACUGAUGGGUAUCUCUUCAUCCUUUUUCCUUUAUCUGCUUAUCCAGUUUAUGGUUGUGAGGAGCAUCAGGGGCAACUCUGGUCAGAGCACUGGACCGUUUCAGGCCACAUCCACACUCGUUCAUUGUGUUUAAUACGCAUCUUUCACAAAAAUCAAAUGACACCUAAUUUAAUUAUUUAAUAUUUUUUCAGCAAACAGAGUCAGUAAGAUUACUAACUGCUGUAAAUUCUCGUAUGCUCUUAUUUAUUUACGAUUUUUAUUAAAAGAUAAGUAGGAAAGGCAAUGGUUAACUCCGCUGGCUCACUGCUCCUUGGUUGUCUGUGUGGUAUUCCCACAUUCUCUCCAUGUCUACAUAAAGUUUCACACUAAGUACUCCGGUUUUCUUCCCAGCUGUAAAAUAUAUCUCUCUAUUAUAAAAGAAAUCUUGCAACGAGACGUGAUGUUUUGAAGAGAGACAGAGAGAGAUACUUACAACCUUUGGAAGCAAGUAACCUGCAGAGCAGGUUAGAGAAUAAUGGAAAUAGGAAAAUUCGAAAGUCUCAAGAAAAUGAGAGUAAAGAUCACAUUAGCGCAAACAAAGAAAAUAUUUCUCGGUCAAAUAACGGAACAGCGAAAAGAUAUCAAAUAGUGUUUGAGGAUGUCUGGGGGAGAAGAGAGACAAGGCAGUGACUUUAAAACGUUUGAAGUGCUCACGCAGCACAGCAGCAGCAGCAAGCCAGCAGGUGAUCGAGCAAAGAGGAGGUAAAAAAAAAAACAACUGUUUAUUUGAUUCCCAUUGUAUCACCAUUAAAGGGGUUUUGGAGGAGCGACCGCGUCACCUUGGGGUGCGUUCAGCUCCCCACUUCACAAUGGCAUGUAGUGGUUGGUGAGCGAAGCGAGCAGGAGACGAAGCCCCCUAGUAAAGCAGUAAAACAAUUUUGAUGAAAACAGGCCUUUCAUCUCAAACUGAGUCAAGUAAAAGUCCCAGUAGGCAAAGGUUUAAUUUAAACAAGGAAUUCAGUUUUAGACAUAAUUCAGUUUCUAGUUACUGGAUUGGCCGGAAGCAAAAUUCUGCAUCCCUCCAAGUCUGAACACCAAACCCCCCACUCUAAAUGGUGCAUGUCACCUGAUCAGACAGCAGCAGGAAAUAUUCAUUUUAUUCACCGGGCACCUCUUCUUUGUCUGCCUUUCCUCCAUAUUGUCAGUCCACUGGACUUGACCACUGGGCCUUGCUGUCCUGCUUGUCAAGGGUUGUAUCCUAAUCUUCUUACCGGACAGAGUCCAUUCGGUUCCCUUUGAAGAUACUUCACAAUGUACCCCAUACCCCAAUUAAUGAUAUCUAAUAUCAUUAAUUUUUUGAUUAACAAAUACAGCAAAAGCCUCACAAGUUUCACUGGAACUAUUUUGGAGGCAUUCCAUUGAGUGACCUGGAUUUAACAGACGAUCAAUUGCAGACAAUACGACUCUGGGAUUACUAGCAUUAUUAUUUAUAAUUCUAGAGAAAUAAUACCGCCUCUCAAGACGGACUAUGUUGUUGUAUUCUGUUAUUUUAACCUUCAAUAUCUCAUAGUGGAUAAUCAGUUUAGUUUUUCUCCAUUUACACUCAGCUCUCCGGCAUGUUCUCUUUAGAUCAGACACUCUUUGGGUCUUCCAUGGUGUAACAGUGCUAGAAGAUUUUUUAACUCUUUUUCAGGUGCGACUAUGUCAGCAGCUCUCACCUUAGUAUUAAAAUUUUCCACCUUACUAUUUACAUUAUUCUCACUAUUGUAGUAAGCGGUAUGCAUUGUAUUUGUCAUUCCAACAGAUGGAGCAUCUCAAACAUAUGUACCAAUGCAUUUAAUCACUACAAAUCUUUGUCAAGUCCUAUCUGUUGAAAUGACAAACGCAAUGCAUUUCAUUACUGCAUGCUUUACAAAAUAAAUUCCAAUAGAUGGUGCACUGCAAGCAUCAUUGCUGGGGUCUACCCUUAUCACUUCGAUUUCAAUACAUUUUAGACGGGGUAAAAAGUAUGUAUCUGGGAUGUCCAGAGCAUUUGACUACAACAACAACAAUAUUUAUUUAUAUCGCACAAUUUCAUACAAUGAUGUAGCUCAAAGUGCUUUACAGGAUGAAGAAAGAGAAAAAAGACAAAAUAUAAAAAAUAAAAAUUAACAUAGAAUAAAAGUAAGGUCCGAUGGCCAGGGAGGACAGAAAAAAAAAAAAACUCCAGACGGCUGGAGAAAAAAAAAACAAAAUCUGAAGGGGUUCCGAGGCCACGAGACCACCCAGUCCUGUCUAGGCAUUCUACCUAACACAAAUAACUAGAUGACUUGACCUGUGGAUUAUGUGACAUGGGUAAUGUGAGAUUUUUCCAUGGAUUUUUUUGGUAUUGUUUGCUGUUGUCCAGUGUUGGCCAUCAUAAAUACAUAUAACAUCUGAAAAUGUUAUCUCCGUUCUGCAUGAAAAUAUGAAAUUAAAACAUUAUCUUGGCCAUCACUACGAAAUACAUGGGGUAGGCAACAUAUACCCCUUUGUCCUGGAGAGCCAACAUAGACUCCAUAGUAAAACAAAAGGCAGUUCACCCCAGGAGUUGCUGAUUCCUUUCUACACAGCAGCCACUAAGUCUGUUCUGAGCUCAUCCAUCGCAGUGUGGUUUAGAUCAGCAACUAAACAAGAAGGGCUACUGAAAAGAUCACUGACACCAGGCUUCCCACCUUUCAGGUCCUGUCCUAUUCCAGAGUCAUAAAGUGGGCGGGAAAAUUCAACACACCGAGCCCUCACGUACAGACCACAACAUUUUGAACUUCUAGACUAAGCUACACCAAAGCAAGCAGAUACACAACAAUUUUUUUGCCACAGGCCAUCAGGUUCACAAAUGGUUAAAUCAGCUGUUCUUGUUCAGUCUGGGCAUCCAUCCCAAAUAUCUUGGAGUAUUCCUACAUAUAGUUAAUGUGAUGUACAGAAUGUUUUAGUAUUUCCUACUCUGCCUUGCACUUUGCAUGUGUGUACGUUGUAUGUCUUGUAUUUAUUUUUAAGUGUGUUCUUAUCAGUUGUGUUUAUGUCUGUCAUGUAGUUGAAGAGUCAAAUUCCUCUGUAUGUGUCCACACUUGGCUAAUAAAUGUAAUUCUGUUUCUUUAAUAACUAGGGGGCCUCUCCCCCUGCUCAAUUUGUUCGACAACCCCCCCAAAACCCCCCCUGCCGGCAUGUGCUACGCGCCAGCCACUUCACAUCACAUCACAUGCCGCUUGUGUUGUGAAGAGGGGGGCUGAAUGCACCCCUAGGAGACGCAGUUGCUCCUCUGAAGCCCCCUCUUAAACGGUGAUACAAUGGGAAACAAUAGUUUUGUGUUUUUUACCCUCCUCUUUUCUCGAUCAGCUGCUGGUUUGCUGCUGCUGCGGCCGUGCCGCCUGAUCUGCAUCUCGCGCGGCGCACUUCUAUCUCUUUUCGCUUUUACCUUUUCGUUAAUAUCGCAUUGAAUUUUGAUUCUGUGUUUGGAAUUACAACAUGACAAUGCAACAUAUAACUGCCUGUGAGUGAAUAUCGUUUCUUUCUCUCUAUGAGAAAUGUGUCUGACAAUAGCAUUCACACAAAUUAGAGAUGAUUUCUCUUGCAGGAUUUCACUUUCACCAAACAACAAAUCUUUUAAUUCUCGCGAAUACACAUUUUCAUUGGGAAGAAACACUACUUUUUCUUUCCCUGAUGGCAACACAAAUUAAACGAUCUACAAGUCUCCGACAUAAAGUUUAAAUUGAACAAUAUAUUCGAUCUCUUUUCACUGUUCCGUUAUUUCACCGAGUAAUAAUUUCCGUUUGCACAAAUGUGAUCUUUGCUAUCCUUUUUUUAUAUAUUUCGAAUUUUCGUACUUCCAUUAUCUGCAACCUGCUCUGCAUGGGUACUGCGCCAGCGUUUUUGAAUUCUGUACGACAUUCUACUUUGUCAUCUACUCUUUGUCUUUUAUUUCCAGUUCCGGGUGUGGUUAAAUCUCUUGGCACAAAGACUCGUCUCGUGGAAUGUGAAAGUGUCUCUCUGAGAAGAUCACAUCUCAUCUCCUUCCAACCUUCCCAGAUUUUUUUUAUAAUAGAAAGGUUGUUCACAAGGAGGUGAUGUUAAAGACUGAAUGAAUCGGCAGAAUUCCAUGGCAAUUUCCAACAUCUUUCCAGUGCUUCCCAAAAUUCUUGAAACUCAUCAAAAAACUCUUCACAGUGUUAAUCUGCUUAACACCUUUGUGGUCCUGCAGAUCAGAUUCGAUGUCCUCUGUUUCCAACAGAUUGGCGAUGUGAGUUAGCGUAACCCACAAUGGACUGAUGUCUCCUCUGUGCUGGGAUUGCCUCUGCCCACGACUUGUUAGUGGAAUAAGACGGGUUAGAAAAUUACAAUUUCUUCAUUAAUUCUUGUACUCCACUGUUGUGGUGUAGUUGGUCUAAAUGGCUCCAUGACAGAAGUUCACACAUCUGGUGUCUAUGAAAUCUGACACCUUGGAAAGGCUUAAAUUUAACAAAACGACUUCAAAGACUGUCCCAACAGUUUAGUCUUUUCUCUUAGUAGCCGCAUAUUGUUAUUUUUUAAUUAAGAGGUUUUUUGUUUGUGGUUCUGUGUGGGUUUUCCUUUGGUCAUGCUUGUUUAUUGGCACAUGUUAGACUUCUUCACCUUCAGCUUUAUUGUCAUAUGUGCUCAGUACAAUGAAAAUCUUAUUCUGCGAGUCCUCCAGCAAUAAACAAGAAUACACAAAAAUAAACAAAAACACUCCGGUGAAAAAGAAAUGCAAAAGCGUAACAGAAAUAAGAGUGCACAUACAAAUAAUUCAAUGAUCUGAAGGGUCUGUGGUCUCAAGAUGGCCUCCCAUCCUCCAGACGUGCGCUAACGUUCAGUGCUGAGGGGACGAGUUUUAUUUACAAUGAGAAAACUGUCAUUUAGACUUGAUGUUCUCGCUGUGAUGCUCUUAUAGCGUCUUCUUGAUGGAUGGUAUGAAUAGUUCAUGUUGUGGAUGAGCUGUGUCCUUAAUAAUGUUUCGGGCCCUCCUGAGAACACUGGCAUUAUAGAUGAUCUCCAGUGCAGGGAGUGCUGUUCCUAAUGAUGUUUCGAGCCUUGCAGUCCCAUGCUGGUGUAGGUGACGAUACUCUCAUUGGUACAUCUGUUGAAGUUGCUGAGGAUAGUGGUUGGCAUGCCAACCUUCCUCGGCCUUCUCAGAUAAUACAAACAGUGCCAGGCUUUCCCCACCAGGUCUGUGACGUGUGAGAUCCUCUGAGAUGUUAAUGCCAAGAAAUGUAAAUGUGGUCACUCUCUCCACCUCAGUCUGUCCUGUGUACAGAAGUGGGUGCUGGCCCCUCUCCCUUCGUGUGUCAAUAGUCCUCCCUUUCGUACUAAAGUGACAAAUGUUUAUUUAAGAUGUGGAAUUGGCAGACUGGGUUGGUGGUCCCCAUUUUUAAAAAGAGGACAAGAAGAGGUGUUGUAAUUACUAAGGGACGACCGCCCAUGGAAUGCCCCUACUGAAAUGGAGAUUAUGUGCAAUAGUUGAAUGUCUGGUUAAGAAGGAGCAAUGUGGAGUGUGGAGCAGUGGUUUGUAUUGGAGAAUGGUCAUUGGGGUUUGCCAGCCCUGUCUACAUGUGCUCAUGACUCCGUAUCCCAUACUGCCUUGUGGGGAGGUGUUUUACGAGUAUGAACGUCCAAGGUCGAUGCUGUGUGUUCGUAUAGCAAGAGAUGGGUUUGCAUUCUUUCUGAAACUGUUCAAAGCGGGUGGUGGGCUCCGCAAAGGGUGUCUCUUAUCUCCUCUCUACUUCGUGACCAACAAGAUAAUGAAGAUGCAGCCAAGGUUUGGAGAGUAUCCAGUGUGAGGACCUAAGGAUUGCAUCCCUGCUUUUUUUUUUUUUUGCAUAUGAUGUCCUCUUAGCCUCGCCAGACUGUGAUCUCUGGUGCACACCGAACAGUUCACAGCUGAGUGUUAAUGUAGUUGGGAUGAGAAGUAGCACCACCAUAUCUGGGGUUAUGGGACUGUCAUCCCACCCAGAGUUGGUUUUUCCCUUGUGUAUUACACUGCUAGGCUUUGGCUGUUUUUGACACUGUGGACAGGAAAUCCUAAAUGUGAUGCAAGGAAGGGUUGGAUGCUUAGGAGUUGUUAUGAGUGCUGUCAGUGUGUGUGUCUUUCUACUGAGAUGUGCGAUGCCCCUUCCAUGUUCUCUGAGUAUCUAUGGACAUGCAGCUUACAGUUGGUAAAGAAGAGUCUGUGAUGUCAGUUUCAGGUUGGGUUCCUGCACUGGCAGAUAUUAACUUGCUAUACUCCAUCCAUUAAUUUUCUAACUGGUUAUAUUAGUAAAUAAUUAAAAUGCAGUACGUCAGAAGUAAAUUAUAGAACAUUGGCGUGAUUUUGAGUUAAAUGAUCUCUUCGUUAGAAUGCGAAGUCCACUUUAGUAUUUCGCCUGUUCUCCGUAUCCAAAUUAAGAAUGCUGAUGUUAUUCGUUUUAAAUUUGAUGUAGACACUCUCGAUUUUGUUGUCAGGUUUUUGAAAUGUGUAGAAUUGUUCUCGUCAAACGGGCGAAUCGCGCGUGGCGACACUAGUCACAGAAGUUGUUGCCUGGUCUGCGCCUCCUCACUCGUGCGGGUUUCUCUUCCCCGUUUAGUUAGCCUCUCUGAUGCCCCCACCCGCGGUUGCCCAUUGUUCAUUGUCCGUCCUGGCCACGUGUGCGGGUGACGUGUGCGCCUCCCCUGAUCUCAGGUGAGCCCCUGUCUCCUCGACGCCCGCAUUUUCGACUCCUUCGCGCAGGCGGCAGCUAAAGAGGAGCGGGAUGGAGCGGCAGGGGAGUUGCACGAAGUCGUGCGGGAUGGAAAAGAGGCCGCCGAGUCUGUCCGCGCAUCGGACACUCUGGGCAUCGCUGGCCGUCACCCUGACCGUCAUCUGCAUUGCACUGGCUGUCCUGGCGGCUCUGGGGAUUCGUUCGAACAUCAAGCACUCUCCUUUGCAGGUUGUUCGAAUAACAUUUCAAGACCAGUAUGGAUCUGGAGUCAAUCAGUCCGCCCUCCUGGAAAAGCAUGGAGAUUUGCUUACCUACCAUGUCACGUCGCACUCAAACCAUACAACAGCAGUGCUCUUUGACUUGCACAAUAAACUGUUGUGUUACAAACCUGGUCAUCGGGAAACAUGUUUUCUUCGAAAAAUUGAAGCGCCUGACUUGGAAAGUGUGCAGAACAUCCUGAGUCCUUCACAACAUAAGGUGGAUCACUUCUGGCUGAAAAUCAACCAGACCCGAUAUGUCACAGAGUUUCUGGGCAUCCAGGGAAAAGCUCAUGUUGACCCCCUAACAUUGCCAAAGGCAUUUCAAACUCUCUGUGAGCACCUGCCCAUCUUUUUGGCAAGGAAAAUGGAUGGCCCAGGAAGACAAAGGUUAAUUUAUUUCUGCCUAGACAUCUGCUUCCCCAGCAAUAUCUGUGUCUCUGUCUGCUUCUAUUACCUCCCAGAAUGAACAAAGAUCUCCUUCUGCCCAUGUGCCAUCACUGCAAGUGUAACACAAUAAAGUUGUUAAGUGUGUGUCAGUGUUGUUUGUUCUGUGUGCUAUGUGUCAGCCUUGUCAAAAACCAGAUCUACUGUGUUGUGCUUUUAUGGCAAAGUAAGGCGUGCACACAAGCUGGAAGAAACACACUAGAAGUGUAGCAAGAGGCAAAGGAGCAUGCCUUCUCCUACAGAAAUGUGUAUAGGGAUUGAGGGGCAGGCACAAUUACACAGAGGGACACUUGUGGACACCAAUGUGAACACUGUGUCACCCAUCAGUAUGUACACAUACAAAGUCGAGCAUACUCACCCAGACAAAAACUCAUGCAAAUGUGCACAGUAACAUGUACUGUACA